CAGGGCCUGUGGGAGAGGCCAGUGCUGCAGGACCCCCGGGGAGGGCUUCCGGCCGCUUGCUGUGUGACCUUAGGCGCCUCCCCAGCCAGCUCUGGGGCUCUGGGCACACAGCUCCCCGGAACCUAGCCUGAAUCAAGCUGGGGGACCCACGUGCCCCAUGCAGGAAGGCACCAGCACCCCAUUUUAAGAGGGAGGCCCCAUUUUAGAGGCCCGGAUGGGUGCUGACUGCAGUUCAGAACCUCUGCCCGCUGGCAACUUCAUGGAGAAGCCAUCCAGGAGGAAGCAGGAAGGACCUCCAGGGAGUCAGAAGAGAAGUCACAAACCCACACAGCCUCCUACCCUAGAGAGCCCCCCCCGGCUGUCCUGCGGUCACUUCCGCCUGCCUGGAUGGCACUUAGGGAGCCUGGUUAUUUUGUCUGUGCUGGGGACGGCCACACACAGUAGCCUGUCUUCCGUGCUCUGGGAGCCCUGGAACCUGGCUGGGCCGGACUCUAGGGGCCCUGGCGCCUCCCGCCCCCGGGCCCCUGGUCCCCUGCUCAGCUCCAGUGACAGCUGGGUAUUGCACACAUUUGAUAAACUGCAGAUGAGUGAGACCCCAGCAUCUCAGCCCCUUCCCCCCACGGGACUCACCCUGAGAAUCCUCCCUGGAGCCGGUUUCAUCAGGCCGUGGACCCUGCCCUGGUUUAUUCACCUAUUUCUGGCUCCACCCACCAGCCUGGAAGCCCCUGGAGGGGAGGCCCCCUGCCCCUCCCCCCCCCAGGCCCCAGGGAAACACUCCCGGUCUGGAUCCCGACUGGACGUUCGGGGAGGAGGGCCUGUUCAAGGACCCACGGCCAACAGUGGGCUUCCAGGCUACCGUGGCUGAUGUCCAACCCAAGGCGGCCACUCGGUCUACUGUUUGCCCCAAGUCAGAAUCCAGAGCAUCUGGGGGAGGGGCUCAGCAGGGAGGCCUCAUCUGUAGGACCCAGCAGCCAGUGAGCUCAGGAUGG